AUGGCGACCUGGCUUCCCAAAGUGCGAGUGGCAGCUUGUAAUGUAGCACCGGUCUUUCUUGACACAGCGAAAACCGUACAGAAGACCAUCGGCCUGAUACAAGAAGCGGCACGCAACAAAGCAGACCUGGUAGCCUUUCCCGAAGUCCACGUUCCAGGCUAUCCACUUUGGGCUGCCGUAGCCGCGCCAAUCGACAAUCACAACCUAUUCGGAAGACUUGCCGAGCAAAGCAUUCUGAUCAAUGGCAAAGAGAUGCGAACGCUUCAACAAGCAUGUGCCCAAUCCCGGAUUUUUGCCCACGUUGGCUUCAACGAGCGUUCGCCAGUCAGUGUUGGAUGUCUUUGGAAUUCUUCGGUUCUCAUUUCGGACGAAGGCAAGAUUCUCUGCCACCACAGGAAACUUAUGCCAACUUUCUAUGAGAAGUUAACUUGGUCGCCCGGAGAUGGAGCGGGUCUUAAAGUCGUCGAUACAGGCCGUUGUGGCAAAGUGGGAGGACUUAUCUGUGGGGAGAAUACCAACCCUUUGGCUCGUUGGUCUUUGAUGGCGCAAGGAGAGCAAUUACAUAUCACAUCUUGGCCUGCGGUUUGGCCGACGCGACGUCUGGCGGAUGGCGGGAAACAGUAUGAUAAUCUGGCUGCCAACCGGACGAGGACUUCUGCACAGUGCUUUGAGGGUAAAGUCUUUGGUGUUAUGUGUUCUGGGUAUAUGGAUAAGGAAAUGGAAGACACGAUCAUCAAGCACUCGCCUUCCGCAGCGGAGACACUAGAAUCACUCACUCAAGGCGCUUCCAUGUUCCUUGAUCCGUCUGGCGCGCAAAUUGGCGAACAUAUACAGGGCGAGGAGGGUAUUGUAUACGCAGAUAUGGAUCUCAAUGAAUGCGUCGAGCCGAAGCAAUUCCAUGAUGUAGUUGGCGGAGGAUAUCAAAGGUAUGAUGUUUUCGACGUGAGCGUGACACGCAUUCGACAAAGCGCAGAAUUUGCUCUAGGUGCUGUUCAAGAGCCGGAGCUCAAUGACUUCGCUUUUCAGGACAACGGCACAGCAUAUUUACCAGAGCAGCCUGCAGCAAGACCGAGACCUUUGACUGGCACUGGCACUGGAGGAAGUCAUGGUAUUGGUGGGCUUAAAAUGACUUAG